AUGCGUACUGGGGGGUUCGAAUUGAGAAAAUGGGCAAGUAAUCAACCUGAUUUGUUAAGCCAUAUUCCUCCUUCUGAUGUACAAAUGUCUUGUAGCUUUGACAAAGAAGAACCGUCGUUCAUUAAAGUUUUAGGUCUAAAAUGGUGUCCAAAAUCUGACGAGUUUACCUAUUCUUUUAAUCCAGUUGAUCGCCAAUGUACUAAACGGAAUAUACUUUCCGAAAUUAGUAGAAUAUAUGACCCUAUUGGUUUUAUUUCCCCAGUUAUUCUAUUAGCAAAAUGUCUUCUACAAAAACUCUGGGAAUCUAAUAUAUCUUGGGAUGAAACUCCUUCUACAGAUAUAUUGCAGGUCUGGAAUAGGUAUAAAUCCGAACUAUCCCAACUAGCUGGAAUUAGAAUACCUCGACGUGUAAUUUCUGAUAAUAUUUCUUGUAUGGAACUGCACGGUUUCUGUGAUGCUUCCCAAACUGGUUACGCAGCCGUCAUAUAUUUUCGGACUAUCAAUGAUAGUGGUCAAGUCAGUACCUUUUUGGUCACUGCUAAGUGUAAAGUGGCUUCAUUAAAAAUUGUUUCAUUGCCUCGUCUAGAGCUCUGUGCAGCUGUUUUAUUGGCGGAUUUGCUUACUUUUGUUACUACUACUUACGCAGAUUAUCUCUGUUUUAAUUCCAUAUAUGCAUGGUCUGAUUCGACGGUCGUUUUAGCCUGGUUAGCUGCCAGUCCUCAUAAAUGGAAAACUUUUGUAGCUAACAGAGUAGUCAUAUCCAAGGCAAAGUUUUCUUCGAUUUCACAAGUUUUCUUCGAUACGUAA